GUAGCAUACCGUGACACGAAGAUUUAGACGGCAUAUCAUAUAUAAAAAUCAGAUUAUACCAUUUUUCAGCUCUGAUCGUUGGAAGGUUUGUGGAAUAAUCGGCGAAAGAGAAGGUCGCCGAACUGACCAGCGAAUGUUGUGACAAUUUGAGUCCAAAAGGAGGGAAAGAAACAAGCAAAAGGCGGACACAGCUGAAGAGAUCACCUGAACAAGACUGAAUGGUGCCGGGAACAGCGAGGAGGAGACACAGCCACACCACACACCCUGCCAAACACUACUACAAUGACUGCCAAACCAAGUGUGGUACAUCGCCGCACCUUCCAGAAUGCGAACCAGGUGGUGGAGUUAACCAUCCGAACCAUUCCCAAGACCCUGCCACACACCACUGCAUGCCACAUCCCACCACGCACCACCACACGCCUCUGCCAUGCUAACAAUGCCCCUAAAACAGCUGCCAGGGUGAAGGCUGUAGGUGGGCAGGGUGACGUGAAGGCUAAGAGGUCACAGGUCACAGUGGAGGUCAGACAGAAGAAAGGUCAUGAUAAAAGGAGGGAAGUACAGGAGCAGAAUGUUUCCUCUUCUUCCUCUUGCUCUUCCUCUUCCUCGUCUUCUGUCUCAAGGAAGAGGAAGGAGGAGAGGGUAAUUGAGAAGUAUGUCAUGCAUGCUUCUCCUCCUCCUUCUCCUUCUCCUCCUCUUUCUCUUUCUCUUUCUCCUCCUCAUUCUCCUCCUCCCUCUUCCUCUCUUCCUCCUGUCUCUCAUAUUCCCCAUCAUUCUAAUGCAUUACAGUCUUCCUCCUCUCCUCCUUCUCCUCCUCCUCCUCCUCCUCCUCCUCCUCCUCCUCCUCCUCAUCCUAACAAUGCCUCACAACCUAAUCACUCCUCACAACGCACCUCCCUUCCUGCUCUUCUUCCUCCUGCUCCUCCUCGUCCUCCUGCUCCUGCUCCUGCUACUGCUGCCUCCCUGCCACCCACCACUCCCUCUCUCUCUCACCCACAGCAGCGACAAGGCAAUGCUCGGCUCCUGUCUGACGAUACCACUCCCUCUCCCUUUGGUCGCAGUGCUGUGGUGUACCUGCGACACCUCAAAGAACUGUUGGAGGCUAGAGGGCUUGGUGAGGGGGAGGAGGGGGCCCUAGUGGGGGUGCUGGAGGCUUAUAUCACCAGCCAAGGCUCCAAUGGGGGUGUAGGGGAGGGCCCGUCACCUGCCACCACCACCGCCAACACCGCCACCACUACACCCAGGAACACUAGUGAGGGCAGUGCUCCAUCACCACCACCACUGCCUCCAUCAGAGUGUGUGAGGGAGAUGGAGAGGCUGAGGGUGGUGGUGGCGGAGCAGGAGAGAGUCAUUGGUGAUCUGAAGCGCCUCAGUUCUCAUCUCAUUCUGCAGUUGGAGCAGAUGGUUGCAAAGAAGGCAGAGAGAGACAGAGAGGAGAGAGAGACAGCCACAGAUGGGCAAGAGGAAGAGGAGGUGGAGAAGGAGAGGCUUAAAAGGAGGACUGCCAAGGAAGAGGAAGAGGAGGAAAGGAAGAGAAUGAAACAAGAGAACAGGAAGAUGAGAGAAAAGAUUGUGAACUUGGAAAUUCAGCUUACCAGAACAAGCCGUUUGCUGGAGAUUGAACGCCAGAACAACAACAACAACAACAACAACAAAAACAAUAAUAAGAUAACCACACCUCGACCAACACACCCCGUGAUCACUCCCCAAACACACACACAACCCCAGCUACAAUCUUUCCUCCCCACCCAAUCACACACCACACACACUCAUUCUGACCAAUCAGGACACACAAAUCACACCCAACCCCACAUAGACCAAUCACAGAGCUCCACUCACACCCUCCCCAUACCAGUUACCCACUCCACUCCACCUCAGAAACUCCACAAGCCCCAGAAACUCCACAUUCACUCCCAUAACAGUGAGAGUGAGGCUGAUUCUGCAUAUGAGAAGACCGGAUCACACCUCACUUCAAAAACAUCAUCUCCUCCACUCUCUGCUGUCCGCCAGGGGGAAGCACCCUUGAGGGAUACUGUUGGUGGAGUGGUAGGGAGUGGCAGGGCAGCUCUAGAAGGAAGUGCAGAAGUGCUGGAAAAACAGGAAGGUAACGAUAUUUCUCAAGAAGGAGGAGGAGGAGGAGGUGAUAAGAGUUCUAUGGGAGGAAGGAAAGAUAGUAGGAGUGGGAAGGAUGCAGGAAUAAGGAGAAAGGGGUGGAGCAGUAGUAGUAGUGCAGGGAGUGAGCGAGGGAGCAGGAGUGAUAGAGUAAGAGGAAGGAAUAGUGAAAGGAAGAAAGAGAGUGAGGUAUUGGUAGGAGGAAAAGAGAGUUACAAGGGAGAGAGUGUGUCCAGGUGUGUGGGGAGAAGUGUUUUGAGAAGCAAGGAGGAGGAAGAGGAGAGGGAAGAGUUAAAGAAGACAGGAGCCUCUGAAAUAUCACUCUUUAAGAAGAGUGAAUAUCUGUCUGACAGUGGGAAAGAUGACUGUUCUGCCACCACACAGCCAUUACCACACCACACCACAUACACCAACCAACCACUGCCACACUCCACCACACUCAGUCACCAGCCACUACCACACACCACACAGCACCACACCACAAUCAGCCACCAGCCACUACCACAUACCACCACACACCACCACACCACACUCAGUCACCAGCCACUACCACACACUACCACAAUGAGCCACCAGCCACUACCACACACCACACAACACCGCCACACACACACCUCCGACACUUCAAGCAGUUCACAGUCAAAUCGUCGCAGAAGAUCCAAGAAGGUGACCCGCAACCCAAACUUCCUCGAGGUCAAACUGAAUGACCCGAUGCAGCGGUGGGUCUCUCAGGAUACCAUUGACCUCUCCUCCGUGAGCACACUUGAUGACGACCUUAUCAACACCAGGUCAACACAGGAGAGCUCAUUUUUUCAAGGGAUUCUUAGUGCCAGGCAAGCUCCCGUCAACACAUCACACAGCAGCUCACAGCCUCGGCACUCCGGCACCCCAAUCAUGGAGUCCACUAGGGUGCCAGGGAGUGGUGGGAAUGGCAAGACAGAUUCCAGUUUUGCGGCAAUUGAGGCUGGAACGCCGUCACUAGAGAUGCUAAGAAACAGUGUCGAUUUGUUGGAAUGAUGUGCCAGGUUAGAUUUAUGUAGUCAUUUCAGGGAUUUUAUUUUAUAUGUCUGUUAGUGUGGAUUUGUUGGAAUGAUUUGUUUAGUUAGGUUUAUUUUCCUUAUUCCAGUGAUUUUACUUUACGUUUUGUAUUUUGUUCUAUUUAUAUUUCUUCUGUAUAGGUCUUAUGUUCUGCGUGUUUGUUAUGUUUGGAUCAGUUUAGGAUAGGUUAGGUCAGGUUCAUUUUGUUUAUUCCAGUUUUAUUUAUUCAUUUUCUAUUUAUAUUUCUGUUGCUAAAUCUUCUGUUCUGCCAGUUUAUGUUAGCUUGGGUUAGGUUAGGUUAGGAAAGCAUAGGUUUAUUUCAUCCCCUGUAUUUUUUUUCUCUGUAUAUUUCUUCUGUUUUAGUCUCCUGUUCUGCCUGUUUGUUUAUGUAUAUCUGUUUUGUCUCUCACUCACUUUUUCUCCACUUAAGCUGUCUCUGUGUUUUUUAUGGUUUGGUGUCUGAGCAGAGGUUAGUUCUUGGCUAAGGUGAGGCUGAGAUGGUUUGAGAAUUAAGAAAGUCACAGGACAAAUUAUUUUCCCACAACCCUUAGAAACAUUGUAGUAUUUUGACCAAUGCUAUCACUUAUUUUUAAUCAUAAAUGUUCAACCUACUUUAAUAAUUUUUUUUGUAAGAUUCAAGAACUAUAGAUGUGUGUAUAUUAACUAUUUGUCCGUACUUUUAGCUAAGUUUUACAGGUAAGAGUCAGUAUGAAGAGGCAGUGGUUAACUAGUGUGUGCUGUGGAUGUGUGUGCCCAGCUGUGGUGCGUGCAUGCAUGUGUGUGAGAGAGAGAGAGAGAGAGAGAGAGAGAGAGAGAGAGAGAGAGAGAGAGAUUAAUUAACUAUAUUUUCUUUACCCUGACUAAUUAAAGGAAUAUUGAUGUAGAUUGACUAUUUUUCUAUGAUCCCAAGGUAGUAAUCCAAUAAAUGUCUCUUGGCU